AUUAAAAAAACAGAGCAAAUUUCAAAAAAUAACAAAGAGCAAAUGCUGUUGAAACAGCAUCAGCAAGUGUGGUGGCAAGAGCAUAAAAGACUGAGUGAGAACAGUCAAAAAGCAGAAGCAGAAAUAAAGUCUUUUCUUGAUGAAGAAAGCCAUAAGUACAACUUUUUUCUGGAUAUGAAGGACUUCGAGCGUAAAUUAUCGGAGGAGCGAGAUACAUAUCAAACAAAUACUAUUGCUCCUAUCUGGCAACUAAAAGAGAAUUUGAAAUUAUGGCUGAAUGAAAUGCAGUGUUACCUCUCAGAAGAAUCUUGUCUGAAAUCUAAGAUCAAUCCAGCUGAGAUGUUAGAACAGAUCAAAUUUGUGAAGAAGCAACAGAAGGCAAUUUUGGAAUUCCUUAUCCUUGAAAGUUUGGCUUUGGAAAGAGAGAUUGAAGACUAUAAAACAAAAGCAUUAGUGCAUUCUUUUGAAGAGAAAAAUGGACUUUUCCUUGAAGUUCCUCCAGCACUACUGUCUUUGGAAUGCCCCUGCCCUGAUUUGAAGAUCUUCCUUAUCAAUGAAUACCAAAAGCUUGCAAGCGAGUACUGGUCUAAGCUUCAAGAGACUGAUCAACAGCUAGAAGUUUUAUGUAGGAACACUGAAUGGAAUGAAAAAGAUCAGUGGGUUUUCCAGACUGUUAUCAAUCAGUAUUCAAGUGAUCUUCACAAGAGGACGAAAUUGUGCCUUGAUGUGCUGCAGAGAUACCUUCCUCACAAAUCUAGGCAUGAUCUG